GAACACUUGUGUACCUGGAGGUUUAGUGUUGCCUCCUGCCUCAAAGCUUCUGUACCACCUCCCUGAUAGUUCAUUAAUCCAGUCUGUGAGUAUGUUCUCUCUGUCCAUGAUGGUGGGACUGGUCCCCAUCGUGUCCCUUUUCGGUUUGUUCUACUCGGCCGCGGUGGACGAGAACUUCCCUCAGGGCUGCACCAGCAGCAGCAGCCUGUGUUUCUACAGUCUGCUGCUGCCCGUCACCAUCCCCGUCUACGUCUUCUUCCACCUCUGGAGCUGGAUCGGGAUCAAGCUCUUCAGACACAACUAGGACUCAUGGUAUUUAGAGCAGAAAUGAAUCAGGGAGCAACCCUUUGUAUUAGUUGGUUAAUCAGCUUGUUUAAAAUCAGGAUGUCAGGUUGUGUUGGUGUCAAAGUAAAUCCUGAACCAUGUGUUACUAUCUUUGUUUGAGCAGAAAUAAAUGAUUAUCUUAUGUG